CCACUUUUCCGAUUCAGUGACUCUGUUCAGCAAACCAAUACCAAAAAACCAAUCAUUCCGAUGGAGUUCACGGCGGCGCAGCUGAGUCAGUUCGACGGCACCGACCCGUCGAAGCCCAUCUACGUGGCGAUCAAGGGUCGGGUGUUUGACGUCACCUCCGGCAAGUCCUUCUACGGUCCGGGGGGCUCCUACCCCAUGUUCGCCGGGAAAGACGCAAGCAGAGCUCUGGCGAAGAUGAGCAAGAACGACGAAGACGUCAUCCCUUCACUCGACGGCCUCUCCGACAAGGAGAUCGGGGUGCUCGCCGAUUGGGAGAAGAAGUUCGAGGCUAAGUACCCAGUUACCGGCCGCGUCGUCUCUUAAAUAAAAACUCUGCCUUUUUCUCAGACUUUCGCUUACAACGAGUGACCUAGAA